AUGACUGGCCAAGUAGGCAAGUGUUUCGCUCCAGUCUUGUGCGUCCUCAUUAUGUGUAGUUUUUCGAGCGGCGACAGAAAACUCCGGCAACACCAGUUUAUGAUGCAGGCGAGCACCAGGCUGGCGGGGAGCGCUUUUCGCGAGAAAUCGGUGGUCAAUUCGGCCGUACGAUGCUCGGCUCUCUGUGCCAAGCAAUCCCGCUGCGUCUCGUUCAAUUACGCGAAGGGCCUGGGCCUAUGUGAGAUGAACCGGAACUCGAGCCGUAACCACCCGGACAAGUUGCAACAGGAUGCCCGCUUCAAGUACUACGAAAUCAUGAAUCGAGUUGAAAGUGAAACCCAGCAUACUGAAGCAACAAAUUCUCACAGCGAGGAAUCGACACUGUCAACCAAAGAGCCAAAGAAGAAGACAAAGGAACCAACUCCUACCAAAGUUCCGUCAAGCACACCGGAACCAACAUAUACGGUACCAACUACUACGGUGUCCACUACACAGGUACCAACUGCUAAGGGGCAAACUACUGCGGUUUUCACCACACAAAAACCAAUAACUAAGGCAGCGACUUCAAUUGAACCUAAAACGAAUGAACCGAUUUCACAAACGCAAACUACUGAGGAACCGACUACAAUGGUUCCUACUUCGAAAAAACCAACUACUGAGGAACCAACUACUGAGGAACCAACUUCUGAGGAACCAACUACCAUGGAACCUACCACGGAACCAGUAACCACGGAAUCUACUACACAGAAACAUGUGGUAUCUACACAAGAACUUACCACUGCCUCACCUACUUCGAAGGAAGAAACCACGGAACCUGCAACUACUGGAGAACCAACUACUCAGGUUUCUUUCACGACAAUCGUUCCAGAUCCUAUCUUGCAAUCCUGCUCGGCGCUCAAAGAGCAUGGGCACACAUCCGACGGCUCUUACCUGAUUGAUCCCGACGGGGAAAACAACGGUGAAGAAGCGUUUCAGGUGCACUGCUCAGAAAUGACGAGUAUUGGACUGACUACUGUUGAGCACCCUGACUCCGAAGAGGUAAAGAGGGUGACAUCUGACCCCUACGAUGUUACUAUUGCGUAUUACGCCAAUGCCAAUCAGACCAAGGCACUCAUCGAUAUCUCCAGCGGCUGCCGUCAACACCUAAAUGCUGAAUGUAGGAACGCUCAUCUGUGGAUGGGCGAGACGCAGCUGGCUUGGUGGGUGGCUAGAGACGGGACCCGGAUGCCUAACUGGGGCGGGGCAGCGAGGCUGCAAGUGCCACCGUGA